AUGCACACCGAGCAUUCCGAUAUGGUGCAGACCGUGUCGAAGGAGGUGGAAGAUGAGGCCAACAGCUACUUCCAGCGGAUCUACAACCAUCCGCCGCACCCGACGCUCUCGAUCGACGAGGUGCUCGAUAUGCUGCAGCGCUUCAAGGAGUCACCGAAUCGGCGCGAAAACGACGUCUACCAGUGCAUGCUGCGGAAUCUGUUCGAGGAGUACAAGUUCUUCCCGCAGUACCCGGAGAAGGAGCUCCAGACGACGGCCCAGCUGUUCGGUGGCAUGGUGGAGCGCAACCUGGUCAGCACGUACGUGGCGCUCGGUCUCGCCCUGCGCUGCGUGCUCGAUGCGCUCAAGAAGCCGGAGGGAACGAAAAUGUACUACUUUGGCAUCACGGCGCUCGAUCGGUUCAAGAACAAGCUCAACCUGUACCCGAAGUACUGCGAGUACGUGCACGCGAUUCCGCACUUUGCCGAGUUUCCGCCGCACCUGAUCGAGUACAUAGAGUACGGGUCUCAGGGCCAGGAGCCACCGAACAAAACGCUCGGUCCGGGACCGCUGCCACCGUCGAUCACGCAGUUCAUGCCGGGUGCUCCGAGUGGGCCCGUGGGCAAUCCACUGUACCGCAGCAAUUCCGUGUCCGGCACCAGUAACCUCACGCCGGCGGGAGUGACGGCGGCCGUAGCGGCCGCAGUGGCCGCCACUGGCGGAACACCGGGCAAGAUGAACUUGGGCGGAGCACAGUUGGGAGGUGGCACCGGUGCUGGAGCCACGGUCGGAGGAUCAUCCGCCGGUGGUGGUGGAAGUGGCGGAGGACAGCCUCCGCGCGUCAAAUCGAUCGCCAAUGCGACCAACAUCGACACGCUGCUGGUGGCGACGCAAGAUCGCGAGGAGAAAAUCAUCGCACCGCCGGACGCGAUCCAGGACAAGACGGCGUUCAUCUUCAACAAUCUCAGCAUGGUGAAUUUGAUGCAAAAGUGCGAGGAAAUUAAGGAGAUUCUGCAGAAGGACUACUACGCGUGGUUGGCCCAGUACCUGGUGCUGAAGCGGGCCUCGAUCGAGGUGAACUUUCACGUGCUGUACUCGAACUUUCUCGAUGCACUCAAGAUCGCGGAAAUCAACCGGCUGGUGACGAAGGAAACGUUCCGCAACAUUCGCGUGCUGUUGCGCUCGGACAAGGGCAUAGCGAACUUUUCCGACCGCAGCCUGCUGAAGAACCUGGGCCACUGGCUCGGCAUGAUGACGCUCGGGCGUAACCGGCCGAUCUUGCACCUGGACAUCGACGUAAAGUCGCUGCUGGUCGAGGCGUACAACAAGGGCCAGCAGGAGCUACUGUACGUGGUUCCGUUCGUGGCCAAGGUGCUGGAAUCGUGCGCCAAGAGUAAGGUCUUCAAGCCGCCCAACCCGUGGACGAUGUCGAUCAUGAAUCUGCUGGCCGAGCUGCACCAGGAGCCGGACCUGAAGCUGAACCUAAAGUUCGAGAUCGAGGUGCUGUGCAAGAAUCUCAACAUCGACGUGGCCGACCUGAAGCCGGCCAUCUACCUGAAGGAUCCGGAGCGGGCGCAAAGCAUCGAGCAUCAGCUGUCGCAACCGAAACCACCGAAGGAGGUGGUGGUGGUGACCCCGAUCGCGGCCGGUCCGCAGCAGCAGCUUGCUCUGGCCGGGCCGGGAACGGCAUCGAUCGGUGGUGGUGGUGGUCCCGUGCCGGGCGUCAUUCCUGGUGCCGGUGGCGGCGCCGUGCUAGACGAGCUCGGUGGUGGCGCCCUGGGCGGUGGUCCAUCGAGUUCACCGGCCAACCCGGCCGCCGAUGGAUCGCUCGGCGCUGGCGGUCCGCCCGAGCCACGCUUCCACUACGCCGACAUUAACAUCUCGUCCAACCUGAGUGGCAUUGCGCCGCACAUCACGUACUCGCCGAGCGUGGCCCUCGUGCACUCGCAGCCCCACUUGAAGCAGAUCGUGAAGGCGGCCCUCGAGCGAACGAUCUCCGAGUGGAUCACACCGGUCAUCGAGCGGAGCGUGAGAAUUUCGUCGAAAACGUGCGAACAGAUCAUCCGCAAAGACUUUGCGCUCGAUCCGGACGAGGGCCGGAUGCGGCGGUCGGCGCACAACAUGAGCCGCAACCUGGCGGCCGGCAUGGCGAUGAUCACGUGCCGCGAGCAGAUGCUGCAAACGAUCCAGAACAGCGUCAAGACGGGCUUCAUGGCGGCCCUGAGCCACCAGCAGAAGGAGGUCGCCGAGGCGGCGGCCAACCAGCUGGCGCUCGACAACAUCGAGCUGGUGACGGUGUUCAUCCAGAAGACGGCCAUCGAAAAGGUGGCCGCCGAGCUGGACAAGCUGCUGGCGCCCGAGUACGAGCUGCGCAAGAUUGCCCGCCAGGAGGGCCGCCGGUACUGCGACGCGAGCGUCCUCACGUACCAGGCCGAGCGGAUGCCGGAACGGAUCCGGUUGAACGUGGGCGGCGUCUCGCCGGCCCAGCUGGCCGUGUACGAAGAGUUUGCCCGCAACAUUCCCGGCUUCCUGCCCAUCACGGAGCGCGAUACGGCCCUGUUUGCGCCCAAGUUGCCGGAAGUGGUUCCGAGCAUUCCGGAUGAGAUCGGUAACAUGUACGACGAGCUGGCCAGCAAGAUGGAUGCGUUCAUAAAAACGUCACGAUUGGUUCAGGUGCUGCAGAUGCACACGAGUAACAUGGAGCACUUGUUGGACUGUCUGAUCAUUGCGCACCGCUCGCUGGACAACAUUACGGGCUGCACGCUGCUGAACAAAGCGGUCGAGGGGCUGAUGGAGGGACUGAUCAACAUCCCGGAUCAGCUGGACCAGAUCAAGCUGUACCGUGACAUCCACCUGCGCGUGAUGCGCCUCAUGCAGGACCCCCGGCUGUUUGGGCCGAUGUGGACCAACAAGGCCAUCACUCGCUACAUGCUCGAGUGCCGCGAAGACAUCCGCUACAACCUGGAAGCGGUCGACCAGCUGAUUUCGUCCAACUUUGUCAACAUGCAGCAGUACGACAUGAUGCUGGUGCAGCUGAUGGACAACGGGAACAACUUUAUGGCGGUCAUGUUCGCGAUGCAACUGCUGCAGGCGUACUUUAUCGAUGAGCGCCACAAUUCGGCCAUCACGGAGAACGAUCUGGUCGGUACGAUCGAAAUGAUGCAUCGCUUCACGGCCCACCCGCGGGCUCCCGAGGGCUUGACGCAGCUGAUGGAGAUGUUGCGCGUGAACCACGAUUCGAACACGUUCCUCGUCGAUCGACCGAUCGCUGGACCGACGUCCUACAUUCAUGCGGGCGUAGCCCAGGCAAGGUCGGAUGGUGACGAUCCGCCCGGGUUCCCCGAGCGGGCCGAGUUUCUGCUCAAGGAUUGGUUUGGCAUCGCGACGAGCCCGAGCAGCUGCCGUGACCCACUGAAAGGGUUCAGCGUGUUCGUGACCAAGAUGAACAUGCACGGCAUCCUGAAGGGGGACGAACCGUUGACGCGCUUCUUCCGCUUCGCCACGCAGUACUGCAUCGAGCUGACCAUUCGGACCAACAUGGUCGAGCAGGGGUCCAAGUCGAACGUGUUCAAGUUUAUCGACGCGUACGUGCGGUUGAUCGCGCUGCUGGUGAAACACUCGGGCGAAAGUGGCAACACCAGCACCAAGCUGAAUCUGCUCAAUAAGAUUCUUGGCAUCGUCGUCGGCACGCUGCUGCAGGACCAGGAAGCGCGCACGACCGCCUUCCAGCAGGCCGGCUACCAUCGCAUCUUCAUCAUGCUGUUCCUCGAGCUGACGGCACACGAUCCGGUGCUGGAGAACAUCAGCCUCAGCGUAAUCACGGCCUUCUGCCACACGUUCCACCUGCUGCGCCCGGCCACCGCACCCGGCUUCUGCUACUCGUGGCUCGAGCUGAUCUCGCACCGCGUCUUCAUCGGGCGCAUCCUGGCGAUGAUUCCGCAGCAGAAGGGCUGGCCCAUGUACUCGCAGCUGCUGAUCGAUCUGUUCAAGUAUCUGGCACCGUUCCUGCGCAAUGCCGAGCUGGCCAAGCCGGUCCACCAUCUGUACAAGGGCACGCUGCGUGUGCUGCUCGUGUUGCUGCACGAUUUCCCGGAGUUCCUGUGCGAUUACCACUUUGUUUAG